AGAACCUUUUUCGGUUCCGUGUUCUUCUUUUACCAACAUUGAGCUCUGAUUAGUGCUUACAUUCCUUAAAAAAAACAAUUUUUUGGAGUAAAGAGAAGACCAAGUGAGAGGGAAUGAUGUUUUCAUAAGUUUUCCUUCAGCUUUUGUAUGAAGAAAAAGCUUAAUUCAAAGGGUUGAGUUGCCAUAAUUUGAAGCAUCUUAUACAAUGGGGAAAUAUUUGUGACAAUAAUGGACCCUCAGGCUUUCAUUAGGUUGUCAAUAGGCUCUCUGGGUCUGAGGAUUCCUGGAUCAGCCCUGAAUUCGUCAAAGGAUGGAAUUCGUGCAUUCUCUUCCUCGUGUUCAUGUGAGAUACGACUCCGAGGUUUCCCCAUGCAAACUACAUCGAUUCCUUUAUUAUCCUCACCCGAAGCCACACUGGAUAUUCACAACAUUGCCUCUAGCUUUUAUCUAGAGGACUCUGAUGUGAAGGCUUUGCUGACCCCUGGCUGUUUCUAUAACUCCCAUGCAUCUUUGGAGAUCACUGUCUUCACGGGGAGGAAGGGGUCACAUUGUGGUGUUGGAGUCAAGAGACAGCAGAUCGGAAUGUUCAAGUUGGAGGUGGGACCAGAAUGGGGUGAAGGGAAGCCGGUGAUACUUUUCAAUGGAUGGAUCGGCAUUGGCAAAAACAAACAGGAGAGUGGAAAACCUGGUGCUGAACUUCAUCUGAGAGUACAACUCGACCCUGAUCCGAGAUACGUGUUUCAGUUUGAAGAUGUAACCAUGCUGAGUCCUCAGAUAGUACAGCUUCAAGGUUCCGUCAAACAACCGAUUUUUAAUUGCGAAUUUAGUCGAGACAGGGUAGCAAAUGUGGACCCGCUAAGCACUUAUUGGACAGGUUCUGCUGACAGUUUGGACAUAGAGGCGGAAAGGAGAGAGAGGAAAGGAUGGAAGGUGAAGAUACAUGACCUCUCCGGCUCGGCCGUUGCGGCAGCUUUCAUAACCACUCCUUUUGUGCCAUCAACAGGUUGUGAUUGGGUCGCCAAGUCCAACCCGGGAGCUUGGUUGAUCGUUCGUCCCAAUAUCUACAGGCCAGAGAGCUGGAUGCCUUGGGGAAAGCUGGAGGCGUGGCGAGAGCGCGGCAUCAGAGACUCUAUCUGCUGCCGAUUUCACCUGCUGUCUGAAGCUCAAGACGGAGCAAAGGUCCUCAUGUCCGAGAUACUCAUCAGCUCCGAAAAGGGCGGGGAGUUUUUCAUCGACACCGAACGACAAUUGCGGCGGGGACCAACUUCAAUACCAAGUCCGCAAAGCAGCGGAGACUUCUCCGUGUUAAGUCCGAUCGCCGGUGGUUUCGUAAUGAGUUGCAGAAUCCAAGGGGAAGGUCAGAGUAGCAAACCAUUAGUGCAGCUGGCUAUGAGGCAUGUAACAUGUGUGGAAGAUGCAGCCAUCUUCAUGGCACUUGCAGCAGCUGUUGAUCUCAGCAUAGAUGCAUGCAAGCCUUUCCGAAGAAAGAUAAGGAUAGGGUCUCGCCAUUCCAUAUGAAAAAAAUGAAAAACGAUUUAAGUUGCUUUGUUUCCAUGAAAACAAAGUAUGUCCCUUUAUUUGUGUAACAUUUGGCACUGUGUAUAUAUCUUGUGGUUGAU